AUGCGACCAUCCAUGCGUCUGCUGCAGCAGCAGUCGUGCCGCAUCACGCUUUUCACGCGUGCCCACUGCGGCCUGUGCGUGCAGGCCAAGUCGGUUCUCUCGGAUGUCUGGGAUGUCCGGCCGUUUGAAUUUCGCGAAGUCGAUGUUGUCCAGCCCGAAGCCAAGGGGUGGCGCGACCUCUACGACCUCGACGUGCCUGUGAUCCACAUCAACAAGGCUUCUGCCCCUGAGGAGGAUCCCAAGCGGGCCUCCAAGGCCGUUAAGCUCAUGCACCGCUUCUCGCCCGCCGACGUGCAGGCUAAGAUGGACCUCGCCGACAAGGCCUAG